AUGGCGAUAACGCCGCCACCGCCAUCUACUUUGCGAAUGCCCCCGACUCCGCAGCAUGGAGCUGGAUAUGACCAGUACGAGCCGUACUCGACCCGACAGUCAGCCAGGCUAGCGAAUCAACGAAGAUUGAAAGAACCUCGCUCAACCCCUCCUCCCACACUCUCCCCCCCCCCUGCGUACAUGAGCUCCAAAAAGUCGAAGAAACAAAGCAACGAAUCUAAGGCAUCCCCUCCCCCGAGACCCGCCUACGGCUCUCCUCGGAAGAUUCCUUCAAGUCGGGUGCGAGAUAUUAUUUCCUCUGAGACGAUAAUGGACGGGAUGCUGCCAACUCCAGCCAAAACUCCCAGGAAGAAGGCAGUCGGGGACGCUGGGUCUACUGCACGAACUCUCUUCCCCCCACCCCCCACCUCUGGUUCAGCGCGCGGCAAGAAAGGCAAGAAGCCUACACCCUUUUCUCUAGAUAGUUUCAGUGAAGACAACGCCCAAGGGGGUUCUCAAAUCCAGAUCUACACCGACUCUCGGGACCGCAUCCCAGAAGUGGAUGAGAGUGAAGCCAACCCAUUUUACAAGAAGCCCAUGGCAAGCAACCCUUGCCCACGAACCUUACGGCGCAGAUAUGGUGGGCGCGACAAGGAAGUAGAUGAGGCUAUCAAACGUGAUGAUGGCAUGGUCUAUGUAUUUCGAGGCAAAAAGACAUUCCGCAAAUUCAGCGACGCAGUCGAAAGCGAUCAGGAAGAAGAAGACGACGGCGACUUGGGCUUGCUAGCAGCUCGUCCAGACCUUAUCGAUUCAUCUUAUUCGGCUGAUGUUCGUCCUCUUACUCGCUCGUCUAUCAAGCCGCGUGUUCUUUUCCCUAGUGCCAACGACCGCACGCCUCGAGAAGUCCAUGGCGAGGAUACCGAUGAAGAAGAAGCCGCCACCGAUAUAGAGGAUCAUGAAUUUACAGAGGACGUAGACAGCUCUGACCAUGUUUCCGAUACUGACAUGGAGCAACGGCCUGUUACACCACCACUGAACGAUACCUCCGAAAUUUCCUCUUCCCCUGGUGCAACGGUGCGUGCUCUGCGUUCUCGAGCCAAACGAGGCGGACUUGAACCUAGUGGGACGCCUCCAGCUUCGCAGACCAAGAAGAAACGAGCCAGUCCUUUCGAUGGCUGGCUGCGCAAAAAACAAACUCCUGCAUAUGCCACCGCCACCAAGGCGAAGAAGAGAGACGCAGAACCCAGUUCUACCCCGGGUGGUCCAGUUCCCAAGAAAACAAGGGGUAAUAGACUUGCUCUCUCCUGA